UGACGUCGCAGCGUGACAUCCCGAGGGUGGGCCGCCUCAAAUUUAUCAUUGGGUCACCCCUCAAUCUUCCCUCCAGAAUACGCACCACCAUUCUCUUGACGGAGACGGAGUCCAACAUACCGAACCCCGAUAUAUUCAGCAUCCUCAACUGCCAUUGCUGCUACCAGACUCAAUUACCUCUUUCGCGCACCCACCUCUCGCACAACUUAACCGAUCAUCAUGGCUUCCUACAUGUCCGCUAGCGAGGCCUUUGCCCGCGAGAAGCUCUCCCCCAAUGCCGACAAAUCUACAUCGCAAGCCUCCUGGGCCGACAAGUACCGCGGAGCUACCGUCGAGGACCUGGACCCCCCUCUCGCUCUAUCGGUCUCCCCCAACGACCCUAUCUCCUCCGCCCUGAUGGCCGCCUACGAGCGCGACUACACCCACCUCACCGUGAUCUCGUCGACGAAACGAUCUCUGCUCGGAUACCUCAGUAUCCCCCGGUUGAGGGAGCUGCUGAAGGAAGGCGCCGUGAAGGAAUCGGAUUCCGUGUCCGCCGCGAUGCAGCGAUUCAACCGCAAGCGGGGCACCUACCAGGUGAUCACGAUGGAGACUCCGCUGGAAGAGCUGGAACAGUUCUUCGAGAGCGAGGCGGGCCCCAGCGGCGAGAAGAGGGAGAAGCAGGGCUUUGCCGUUGUGACGGAUGCCUCGAGGAAGUUUGUGCUGGGGGUGGCUACGAAGGCUGAUCUGGAGGAGUUUGUCAAGAGACGGCCGUGAUGGCGUGCUGGUUCUUAGGGUGCGGAUUUCUUUUCUUGGGAUUAUGUUACAUGUUUGAUACACAUAUCGUUAGUGCAUUUCCAGGCGCAGCUAUUCAACAUGGACUGAAUAUAUACUAUGCGGACUCCACUAGACUGAUGUUUCCGAAGUGUAUGCGAUUGUAGUCGAAUUACUGGCGUUCAAGUACGCUUGAAGUAUCUAUUAGCGGCAUUACUCAAGAUUCUGGUGAAUGAAGAUUAAACAACAA